AUGUUGGCACAGAACAAUCACACUUCGGUGCUCCUCUCCGCACUAAGAGCCAAUGUCUACUUUCAAGUCUUCCUAGGAUGCUCAUUUGCGUGGCUCUUGUGGAGGCUAUGGAGGUUCACGAUCCACCCACGCCUCUAUCCAGACGAACCGAAGACGUACCCGUAUUGGAUACCCUUCAUCGGCCACAGCAUUACCUUCUUCCGCGAUGCCGAAGAAACCAUGCAGCGCGCCCGCCUCUACUUCAACAACACGCGCGACCCCUUCAAACUCAUCAUCAUGGGCGAAAUCGUCUACGUCAUCACGUCCGCCCAAGACACCGUCAGCGUCUACAAAAACGACGCCUUCUCCCUGAACCCCUGGCUCAUGGACCUGAUGCGCCAAUUCGGCGCCUCCGACUCGUCCAUCCGCGCCAUGUGGAGCUGCGUCCCCGACAAGCCCGUCAAGGAAAUCUGCGUCAUGUUGUUCCGCACGCUGCUGAACCCGGGGAACUACAGCGAGGCCAUGCUCGAUGUGUUGCUCAGUACGGUGCAUACGCGCAUGACGUGGGAUCAGGUGCCGGAGUGGAUGGUUCUGAGCCGUCCCAGUGCCGAAGGCGCGGACGUCUCCUUGCUCAAGUGGUCGCAGCACGUUCUCCUCGAGGGAGCAACGCGGUCCUUCUUUGGUGAUGCAUUGCUAGAAGUUGAGCCCAAUCUGUUUGAAUCGUUUUACGAAUUCGACGACAGUAGUUGGAAGCUCCCGUACAACAUCCCCGAUUUGUUCGCGCAGGAUGUGAAGAGGUCGAAGAAGACGGCCGAGGCGGCGUUGGCGAGGUACUUUGCGCUGCCGAGGAGCAGGAGGAGCGAUGCGAGUAAAUUGGUGUUCGAGAUUGAGAGCGUGCUGAGGAGUGGGGGGAUUGGGAAUGAGGACAUGGGGGUUCUGGUGCUGAUGUUUUACUGGGUCAUCAACGCCAACGCCUGGAAAGCCUCCUUCUGGAUGCUCACCCACAUCCUGACCAACCCAUCCCUCCACAGCGCCAUCCUCAGCGAACUCUCCCCCUUCAUCACGCCAACCUCCCCCUGCACGCUCUCCGGCCCAGCCCUAGCCACAGCCCUCCAAUCCCACUGCCCGACCCUCCUCGCCGUCUACCACGAAGCCCUCCGCAUCUCCGCCUCGUCCACCUCGGUCCGCAUCGUCAUGUCGGACACUUACAUCCGCAACUUCAAGCUCCUCAAGGGCGCGCGCAUGGUGAUCCCCUACCGGCAAAUGAUGCUCGACGAGGGCACCUACGGGGCCGACCCGGCCAGUUUCCAGCACGAGCGGUUCCUGCAGAACCCCGGGUUGGUGAAGCAUCCGAAUUAUCGGCCCUUUGGUGGGGGUAGUAGCUUGUGUCCUGGGCGGGCGUUUGCGAUGAAGGAGAUUUUGACGUUUGUGGGGUUGGCGGUGGGCAAGUUUGGGGUGCGGUUGAGUGAGGAGGCGGUGCGGGCGGGCAAGGAGGGGAGGGGCGUGGUGCCUGAGAUGAAUACCAAGACGCCUUGUAUUGGGAUUAUGGCGCCGACGGGGGAGGGGGAUGUAAGGGUUAGGAUUGAGAGGCCGAGCUGGUGA